AUAAAGAUGAACCCGAAAUACUGUUCAUCGUGUGUUCUAUUUACUUAAAUAACCUUUUUCUUUCAAUUAUUUUCAAUCAAAUCAUCAAAAUAUAAGUGGUAUGUUUGCCUCUUUUUGGAAUUGCCGCUUUACAUGAUAGAAAAAGACCUAACUUUUUCUAUUUAAUUACAGAACUACCAAUCUAAAUUUGAUUUUUUGUUUUCAUUUAUUUUAAGUUUACAUAUACAUUAAAUGUCUUUCUUUCUUUAUUUGCAUGACUUUUGACGUGGCAUUACCAGAUAGAAACAGCAGUAAGAACUUGGUCUCCAAGUUGAAGAUAAGGAUUUGCAGAUUCAUUAUGCAUUUUUUUAAAUAUUACCUCUCUCUUUAUCUUUCUUAUCUCCCACCAUCACCGGGAAACCCAGCGCAAUCUUUUAACAUAUAGUCUCUCUUUUUCUUUCUUCCUUCUGUAUUUUUUCGUUUCGAUAUUGAAAGAAACAGUAAUAUGUAACUGAGAGACGAGAGUUAUUUGAUUAAUCAUGCGAAAAAUUUCAAAUUUUGGAAUCCUUUCUCAAGAUGAUCUUCUCUACUUUUGCCUUUAUACAUUUCUUUCUCAGGUCAGUCUACAGACACGACAACGGGAACAUCGGGAAGCCUCGGCAUGUCUUCAGAAAAUGAAAACCGUCCUCCCGGAAUAAGAACACUACAAGAGAAGGAUAUGUGUGUCGGGUCUGUCUUCGUUGUCUCUAGUUCCUAUGAUCGGGUUCAUAAUCUGGUGGUCUCAACAAUCUUAGUGGACAAGCUUGGUUUGUAUGGUUUUAUGAAGUGUUCAUUUUCUGUUUGCCAUAUGAUUUGGUACAACUUUAAGGACAAAAAUUUCAAAUUUGUUCCUCUGGUUUUUGCUCCGGCUACGACUCCAGUGAUUAAAGGAAUCAUUUGGUGGACGGUUCUGUGUGGUAAAUUGUUUUUACAUGGAAGACUAAAUGGAAUGGAGAAGGUCUCAAACAUGGCGGGCAAUGCUUCGCCCCAUGAUCUUGAGCACUUAAUUCUCAUGAGACUUGCAUAGGGUAUUGAAGUUAACGCCCAAUUCUUGAGAGAACUCCUUUGCUUGGCUUCUAUCUUUUAUUACUUGGGUGGAAACUGCUGGUGGAGUCGUGAUUUGUUACUUCCAAGAAGCACAAUUUCUAUAAAAAAAUAUAUGCAUAUAAUCGAAUCCUUCCAUGAUUAUGAAAGUAUAUCUUUUUUUGUAAUUCAAAUAAAAAAACGAAUGUGUACGAUUUUAUAAUGAAUCUAUUACUUUUUUUUUA